AUGAAGAGUUUCUUCAACAGUCUCUUGGGUAGAAAGAAGGCGUCGGGCCAGAGUCGAUCCAUGACUGGCCAAUCGAAGCGCCCUGAAGUCGUCGAAGUCAUCAAACCGGAGCCGAGAGCUAACAUCUAUCUUGUAGCAACGGACGAAGAAUUCUCGUUCCGCAAGCCUUACAUGAACGCACACUGCAAGCCUGUUACCCUCCCCAUCUCCUUGUUCGGCAGCGCAAAAUACUGGCGCGACAUCGACCUCAUCAGCAUCUCCGCUAGGAUGACUCUUGUGUACGCCAAGUUUGGCAACUGGGAGCCAGAGCAUUUGAGAAAAUGGGUUCAAGCGACAAUGGCCUCCGAAAAGAUCAUGUUUUGCGUUAAUCCAGAAAGAGGAUUCCUGAAACCACAAAGUGAUGAGUUUCGCGUUGCGAUCCGUACCGCCUCUAUUUCUGGAGAGCCCUUUGUAGUCUUUUGCAAAUGGGAGGUCCCCUGGCCUUAA